UUGAUCCAGCUGAUACAAAAGUUGCAUUUUUACAAGUAAAGCGGUCUUGGGAAAUCCGAUUUAAAUACAUUUUUUAUUAAUAUAAAAUAACUUUUGUUAGUUCUUAUAUAUUUAAAUAUACUCAAAAUGUUAAUUAAAGUUAAAACUUUAACUGGUAAAGAGAUCGAAAUUGACAUUGAACCUACAGACAAAGUUGAUAGAAUUAAAGAAAGAGUUGAAGAAAAAGAAGGCAUUCCACCACAACAGCAGCGUUUAAUUUUCUCUGGAAAGCAGAUGAAUGAUGAUAAAACAGCGGCUGAUUAUAAAGUGCAAGGUGGUUCCGUUCUUCAUUUAGUAUUAGCUUUAAGAGGUGGUCACUUAAAUUGAAAUUUGAAAUAAAUGAUAUUGUGGAUUUAAGAUAAUUUUUUUUAAUUUAUAACGGCUAAUAAUUUUUGAAAUUGAUAUACAAAAUUCAUAAUACAUACAAAUGUAAAACAAAAAAUGCUUUUUUUU